CGGCAUAUCGUCGAGAAUCUCCAACGAAAAUGUGGAUUACUACUGCUGCCCUUUACCUGGCCAUCGUGGUUGCAGUGACGUCUGCACAACCGGCAGAAGAAGACGCCGAUUGCGGCAAUCUGGGCUUUGAAAGACGCGGACGAUUCCGAGCGGAUCUGCCAGUGUGUGGCAGGAGCGAGGACCAGUGCUGCUCUGCGGAGUACCUGGAUGACGUCCAGGAGCGGCUGCAGGAGAGACUGCAGCGUUUCCUGAGGAGAGAGUUUGACGACGUCGUGGAGGAAUACCAGGACGAGGUGGACAACCUCCUCCUUUAUUUCGAUAGGUUUUUCCCCAGAAAACUGCUGCAGAAUCUCCCGUCAUUCGAGACUUUUGCAGACAAUCCUAUACUCCGCCGUAUUCUAGCACGACUAAUUGACAACCUUGAAAUUGACGAAGACGAUGACGAGUUUGAUGUCGGGGACUUCCUCGAGACAUUAAUAGAGAGUCUGACUAGAAUUGAGGCCCGGUUGAUAGGAGGUGGUGACGACAGAGUUGAGUGUAUAGCUGAAGUACUGGAGGGUCUAGUGGAUAGAGAUGCAGUUAGUAAUAUGAGAGGACUUCUGCGGCAGGUUCGAAGGGGAAUCACCGCUCUAAUGAAGACUGGCCGCUUCCUGGAGGGACAAAGAAACAGACUUGGGGAGGGAGGCGCCCGUGUGCUCGAACGCUGCGUCGCACGGUUCACGGAGAUUGCUUUUUGCAGUCGAUGCACUCGCAGGACCCCACCGCUCUGUUUCAAGACGUGCGAUGCCCUCGUACGUGGGUGCUACUCUCCCUACUACACUGCCUUCAAUCGCCGCUACAGUAGGCUGUGGGACAAGAUUCAGGAGAUUGUGGAGGUUCUGAAUGCAACCGUGGAAGCCGUCGGAGAGAUUGAACUCAUCAAUUUUCGUGAAGUGGUGAGUGAGUUUAGACACGGUGCACUCAUACGUACAUAGUUUGGCAGGUGAAGUAAGGGAGGAGUGUGGUGUUAGUCCCAACGAUCGCAGGAAAAGGCAGGGCGGGAGAGAAGAUGGCACCAAAGACAGAACCACACCUCGCACGACGUCGUCUCGUAGCAACACCAACGACACUGGGAGCGGCUCAGGGGAGGAAGACACCACUACCAAGGGAAGGAGUACCAGCAAGGGAAGGAGUACCAGCAAGGGAACAAAGACAGGAAAAACUGACUCGACUGGAGACUCGAGCAGUGCAGCUAUUCUCGAUAUUGCUGAUGAUAUUGAGUUCAUACCACGCGCCUUGGUGGAGGAUAUCUUUGAACUGAAUGGAGCUUUUGAAUAUGGGAGAGGAGGUAGGAAUCUUCGAUUCUGUUCCGAUGCUCUGCUUGACGAUGAGGACGAGGAUGAUGAUUAUGAUUCCUGUCCUCCUCCAGGCCAAGAGUUAAAACAGUGCAGAGUCAACGAUAUAUGCACCUCCAAAUGCUACUGUACUGACGGGCGGAAUAAUGUCACCAGGGACAAUGAAACUGACCUCGUGUUUGAUAGCAGUGAUGUUGAGGACCAAGGUGAUAAUCCAGUUCUUGGUAUCAGUUUGGAGGAACUGAUGAAUGAGAUGAACAGGAUCGAGAGUUUGGAGGACCCGGUGGAAUCCUUCCUCUCCUCAGACGAGUUCAGAUCUGUCGACCCAAGUGUAGAGGAAGAGAGAGUUGAUGAUGGUGAUGGUGGAAGGAGUUCUGCAGCUGGUCUGGGGGCCUCUCUCUGCGCUCUCCUGCUGGCAGUGACGGCGUUAACCCUCCGCUCGUGAUGACUAUUUUGCAACAACCGCUGCUGAUAUGUAGACAUACUGUGUGUUUUUAUUGUUCCAUAGACUCAUCAUAGCCUAGAACUCAUGAUAGCAACACAUAUUAUACCACGUAAGUAUAUUAUAAUACUGCACAUGUCAUGAUGGCUAUAUACUUAUGAAGAUUUAAAAUCAAAAUCCAUAAAAAUGGA